UAUCAACAUGGCAUCGUCGCGAAAGCGCCGUCAUUCUCCUGUAAACUACAAACUAUUGCAUGAAAUUGGAAGAACACCUCCGUCUGUAUCAUCUGAAAGCACAGACGACGAAGCAAAUGCCGAUUUCGAGUGCGGAAGUACGUUGGGCUACAAGAAAGCCAAGGAGCGCCCUAGUACGCCAUAUCCCAAUGCCUCUGAGGGUUCUCCGUGUAAAAGAACAGAACAUACUGAUGUUGGUAGUCCGUUUAAAAAGAACGAACAGACGAAUAAAUGUAAGACGACUAAUGGUGCGAGCACUGCCACAGGAACUGAGUUUGACGAUGGCUUACCACGAUUUUAUAGUAGAUCUAGGAAUGAAAGAUUUAAUCCAGAAACAUUGUAUGACACCAAUUUUUCCGACACAGAUGAUAGUUUAGACCAAGGAAACGACAGUGAGGAUGAUUUUGUGUCAAAUUGGAUCAAUGAGUCUGACACCGAGCUCGAGACGGACAACACAGCGAUGAACGUUGAUGACAACUCGCAUGCAGAAGAAAAGGUCCAAGAACCAAGCACCACAAACAAUGCUGAUAAACUGUCAGUCAGUUCUGCAGGAACUUCAAAUGUAACAGGUAAUUCAUCAGAACAUUGGAGGACAUUGGGUAAUAGAAUUUAUGUCACAGCCUCCAAAAACCUGAGUCCAUUUAUUCAGAAAGAUCGCCUGAAGAAAGCCUCAGGACACUAUUACAAAGCUUUGAAUUUCAGCAGAACAGAAGCAGAUAAAGUGUCUGCUUCCAAAAAUCUUGGCAUGGUAUCUUGGCGAAUAGCUGAAUUGGAGGACAAACUAUCAACCAUGACAUAUUUCUUUAAAGAAGCAUUUAAAUAUUUUUCUUUCUCUUGGAGAGACUCAAUCAAUGAUGUCAAGCCACAGAGUUGGCGUGAUGGUGUAUUUGCAAAUGCAACUGCAUGUUUAGAGAGUUUUAAAUUGAAAAUAGCAGAACUAAAUAUAGAAGAAAGAUUAAAUAUUUACAAUGAUACCAUAGGAAGUGUUAAAAUUGACCAUGUUAAAUGUUACAUUUAUAUGGAAAUAGGCAAUUGUCUUUUUCAUCAAGCUGUUUAUUCUUUACAGAACAGUGACUAUAAGAAAGCUAUUUAUGUUUUAAAGGAAACAUUUUUUCCUCUAAAUGAAACCAAUAGGAUUGGAAAAGGAGUAACAGUAAUUGAGGCUGAGGCAAGAAUUUUAGAAGAGGAUGUUUUCAUGCAUUCUUGCAUGGCUGAGUCAAUACAGGCUAGAGAGAUAGGGGAUGGUUUAUUUAGGAAAGUUUUAUUAGAUGAGGAAAAGCUUAACAUGGACAUGGUGUAUGAGAUGAUUGACUGGUACAAACAAGCCAUUCUACGUACCAGAGAGGUGACGGAGGUAGAAUUGGAGGCUAUUGCACUCAGUAGGAUGGGCAGAGUAUAUGACAAAAUACUGAAGCUCAAGUACAAAGCUAAAGAGUAUCUGAUGAGGUCAAUACAGUUAGCACAUUCUAUGCAUCCAAGGACAUUCCAUGGAGAAGACUGGUUUAUGGAAUGUAGUGACACAUUAGAACGCUACCAGAAAGAAACUGUUCAAGAAGAAGAUAGCAAAUGGCAGAAAGAAAAAGAAGAACUAAUGAAGGAACUUUCAAAAGAAAUGAAGGAUAUUGAAAGAAAUGACAAGAAAGACUCAGAAGACUUUCUGAAAUUUGUAUAUAGAUGUUUUCCACCAAAAAAUCCAGAACACAAAUUGCUCGGUAUCCCACGCAAGAAAGGAAUACAUUUAGAAUCUUCACUAUUAAAAAAAAUUCUACAAAAAGCCAUAGUGCAUUUUCACCCUGAUAGGGUGAAUGCUGAUAAACAUGGAAAAGCAUGGAAAGUUAUUGCUGAAGAGAUCACUAAGUGUCUUACCAGGAGAUAUGAAUGUUUAAAGUGAUCUUUUUUAACUGUUGAUCAUAUUUUAAGGAAUGAGUUGACAGUUAUGACAGAUGAUUGAAUAAUUCACAGCAAACAGUAGAAUACGCUGUCACUUGUUGAAAAAUAUAGUUUUUUUUAUGAACUUUUGAAAGUUUUAAUAUGAUACAAGUUUUUAGUUCUUCAUCAGACAAAAGAUAUAGAAGAUAUAGUGCUUUAUGAGUUUUUAGUUCUUAUCAGACAAAAGUUAUAGUGCUGAUAUGCUUAUGUUUUACUGUUCAGAAACUUGUUUGGUUAUUUUUGUCAUUUUUAUCAUGUUUAUUUUUGUACUUUUCAAAAAAUUAUUUACAGUAUUAUGAUUAUCAUGUGUAAUAUAUUGCAUGACAUUUUUUGCAUGUUUUUUUAUAUAUCCUCACAGGUUGUCUCUAUACCUUUAUUGCUGUGGAAAUUUGAAAUAAAAAUACUUAUCUUGACUGCAGUAUCAACUGAAAGCAAGCUAGGCCACUGUCAUCCGGGAUCCUGUAAUAGGUUACUUAGUUUUAAAAUUCUGUCCAGUGGAAUAGCUGAUCAAUCAUAAAAGCUGCAUUUACUAAAAUACAAAUCAAACAGGCAAAAAGGCCUGAAGGUGUUUCUUUUGUCAAUCUGGGUUAAACUUCAGCUGAAUUUUGUUGGACCAUUAACAGAAUAUGAGAUGGGGAUGCAUUUUCUAUGUGAUUGUAAAUCGCUUUAUUGUAGUUUUUAAUGUAGAAUAGCUUGAUGUUUUACAUUGUGCACAUAGAUGGCUUAUGAUAAAGAAAUUUUUCUGAUCGACGUCACUUGUCCUUAUCCUCAUUUUCUCGAUUCAAUUUAGUCUGUGUUCAGGUUUUUGUCUUUUUUUUUGUCAGAUUAGUUUCUCAGUUAAAUUAAAUGAGGGGUCAACUUUAUUUUUUAUACAGAAUCUCAGCCAAAUAAAUGGUUUGUCAGGUACCCUUUAUCAUUUUUAUCUCUAUACUGUUUUUUAUGCAUUAUCAGCAUAUGUCCCUGCAAACUGUCUUCUCUUUUUGUGGAAUUCAUUCCUGCAAAGGGUUAAACUUCAAUACUCGUAUGAUAUUUCAGAAAUUAAGGAUGCAAUUACAUCAUGUAAAUUAAAUAUUUAAUUUCAUACUUUUUAACUUUUGUUGGGUUUUUACCUGCAUAAAACACCAGCUUGUUCAGACAGGGGCUUGGGUUCCAAGCCCAAUAUUUUAUUAAUUUAAUUGAAAAGGAUGUUUCUGAUUUUUAGGGACCAAUUUUAUUGCCACAGCAGCGUCAUGGUUUUUUUUAAAUGCCAAACAAAAAGUACAAGCUCCUCUGAUCCUUAAGUUUUGAUUCCUCGGUCAUAAAUGGGUUAUAUUGGAUAUUUUCUGUAAUUCUACUAGAAAAAAUUAAAGACAUUUUUUUUAUUUGUAAGAAAUCCCCUUUUCAUUGGUAUUUUGAUUUUUUAGCACAAUUUUUAAGCUUUAAUAUACCAUUAUACAAAUGUAUAUAAAAAAAAACUUGUAUGCCUCUGUAUUUUUUUAUAUCAUGUUUGAUUGUGAAAUGGUAAACUUAACCUAUUUAUACUAACAGAGUCAGUUUUCUUUGAAUACAUUUUUGUGAAAAAGCAUUGGUUGAAUAUUUAGUUUGAUUAUUUCCAAAUUGUUAAAGACAAUUUCUUAUACUAUACAAUUUCUUUAAUGCAUUCUCAAAUUAUCUGCUGUUUGAAUCUUUUUCUCAUUGUGUUAUAAAAAUAAAGAAAAACCCUAAUAUAUAAGAUAUCAUUAUGGAGUACUUGGUGUCAGUCUGCAUAUGGACAUAAUGGACACACAACCUCUUAAUUUUUAGUGGAAUGAACCUGGUUUUUUUUUUAACUGAUUUUAGUCUCUCUUUUUUUUUUUUAAAUUCAAUGAUAGCCAUUGCAGCAUCUUUUGGGUGUGAAAAACAUAUUUAGAUAUUGAAAGUUCUGUAAAGGACCUCCUUCAAAUCACUAAUUGAUCCAUGAGGAAAAUAAUUGUGAUUUGGUGCUUUGGAUAAUUCAUUUUACCUCUAUAUAAAAAAACCAAAUCUGACAGUUUGACCUACAUUGUAUGCCUCAUUGACCUAUUUUAAGUUUUACUUUAGGUAAUUUUGUUUAUAACUUUUAAUCAUGUUACUUACUGAAAGCAUCAUUGAAUGCAUUAAAGAUAGGCUUACAACCUCCAACAAAAAGUAACUCACUGUCCUUUAUUAACAUUUUCUAUUGAUUUAUAUUUGGUUGACCUCAGGAGUUCAUUUCUCAUACACUAGAUGUACAUUUUACUCCCUAUCGCACUGGGAAUCCAAUUUCAGUGCCAUAACUGUUGACAACCAUUAUAACAAGUAUAUGGUAAAAGCCAAAUGCCGAAUUUUACAAUCAUAGAUUUCUUGUGUUUUAUUUUCCACAAUCCUGAUGGGGAAACAGAAAUUUACUUCCUUGCCAUUGACAUUUGUUUCCUGUUGAACACUGUCAAGUAGGAUGUUUAUAAACUUUGUAUUUCUUAGGCUUCAUUUCUGAUUUUUUUAAAAGACAAUAAAAAUCAUACCUUAGCAUAGUACAUAAAAUGUUUUCAUUCAAAUUUUGAAGAAGAAAAUAACAGUGAAAUAUAAAACAUAGCCAUCAUGGCUUAUGCACUGGGAAAUUAAGUAUGAAUUUUAUUCUUUUUUUUAAAGUCAUAUUGUAGUUUUAUUUUUUAAAAGCCAACAAUUUGAUUCUAAGACCAGUACUGGCAUGCAACUGAUUUUUGGAAUUAUUUUGUAUAUAUUAUAAUGUGCAUUGAUAUAACUUUACAUACAUACAACAAGUGAGGUUACAGAAUCCUUAUGGGAAUACUUCCAGGAUUUAAAAUGACUGUGUAUGUGUAUUGUAUUAUUAACUUGUUAUUGCAUUAUUUAGAAUUAGUGUUACAUAUGAAGUUGUUUAAUAUUUUUAUUUAGAAUCAGUAUUAAAUAUGUACUUGUUUGCUAUUUCAGUCUGAUUAAAAUUAGAUCUUUCAAUUUGCUCAGAUAAAAAUGUUUGUAGCUCAUUUAAGAUCUAAAAAUUUCCGGUAAGGGGUUGUGUUUGAUGAUCUUUUAUGCAAUUUUUUAAUCAGAAAAUUAUUUCAAGUGACACACUGUCACAAAAUUUCCCACAAACUUAGAUUAACUCAUUUUUGCCUUUUUAAUGAUUAAAUGUUUUAUCAACUUCAGUUUAUAAAAUAAAUUAAACAGGAAUAAAAUGAUGAAACUUAAAUGCUUUGCUAUGUUGAUGAAUGAAUGAGGUCAGUGCAUUAAACUGGAACCAAUUCAAAAAAUAUUUAGUUUAAAACAUCUUAUUUCUGUACAAUAUUCAAAAUUCUUUUGUAAUUUACGGGAUCUUUUUUUUAUAGUCUAUUGUAAACAUUACCAAAACUUUUGUAGGGUACUAUGUGAUUAGGGGUCUGACCCCUUAUUGGAUGUUUUCAAAUCUCUCAUGAAUGACAAACAAAUCUAAUGAAACAAAGUGAAAGAUUUGACUUUAAUGAGAUUGUUGCCAUUUUUAUUUAGAAUUAGUAUUAAAUGUAGUGUUAUUUGCAGAAGUUGAGGAAGAUCCAUUUGUGUAACCUUGGUUUGCAUGUGUAUAUCCAUAUCUCAGUAACUAGAGGAUCAAUAAUCUUGUAACCUUGUUUGUAGGUACAUCUAUUGUAUCCAGCUUUGUCUUGCAAGAAGGUCAUUUGACCUGUAUUCAUGGUUAAAUGACCUUUGGAAGGUUAACAUCCAUGUUGAUGUUGGAUAAGAUUUAUGUUGGAAAGCCAUAUCUGCAACUUUAAAUUUAUUAUUUAAACUUAUGUAAAUGUGCAUUUUUUUUAGUAGAU